GUACUAGGCUCAAGAAACAUUCAGAAACUGAAAAAAUUCUAUGUUUAAAGAGAGAGUCCAAAAGUUUUUAUUUUGUUCAGUUUUCUUUGAAGAAACGAUGUUGAUCUGCAUUUGUUUUUCUUCGAAAAAUGCUCAACUUCAAAGCAAUAAGGCAAUUUUAGGUCCCAAAAUAAGAGACCAACUAAAAAGAUUUUAGUCUAAAACGCCAAAAUUUGGAUGCCAAAUUAAGAAACUUUUAGUACUUAGGGCUAAUCCAAGUUUUAUCUCGAAAAACCUGCUUUUGAUGUGUUGCAGUUUCUCUUGAGGCUGAUUUAGAUGGCUUUAAUUUAUUUCUAAGUAAUUUCUUUAUCUAAUGUAUGUUGAAGAUAUUUAAACAAAUUUAUUAUAUUCAUUCCAUUUCAUGUAUGAUACUGAUGAAAUUAUAAAACAAUAUUUUUUACAAAUUUGUGCUGCACAGGAGCCUCGCAUCUUCUGAUGCGUCUAAUGACACGAUCAUGUUGCUAGGCAACUGUACACUAUGGUUUACCAAUUUUGAUAACCGCACUUAACCUGAUGAAGGGCCUUCACGCCACCAUCUGAUUUUACAAGUUUAUUCGAAAAUGCAUGCUUACCGGAGCGAUUUGUACGGGCCAGAAAGACAGGCAAGGUACCAGUUUAUUAAGGGCUUAAAUCUGAAGGACAGUGUGCUUCAGAAAGGUGACUACAACCAACGCGGAAACAAUUGGGAGACUCACUAUAAUUCGAUCGUCAAAGACGUGUUUGCGAGAGAAGAAAGUUUGAGAAAAAAAGAUGGUUCCUCUUUUAAGACAAGACCUGGCGCGCAUCAAAAUUCACAUGUCUUUGGUCAAGAUCUUUCUUACAAGUAUGAUCUAACAAGCAGAGACUAUGGAAUGCAAAAUCGACGUGUUAGUCCCAUAAAAGGGAAUAUAGACAGAGAGAUUCACAUUGUUGAUUUUUGCCCAAAGUACUAUAACAUAAGAAACUUUGACACGUCAUCGAUGUAUCAUUACAGCUACAACAACAACGGAAAGUUGCCUUUUGAUCAAGCGAACCGUGCUGAAACCCAGGCACGCACAAAAGAUGUCCGUUUGACCCAUUUCAACCUGGGAUCCUGCAAAGAGAAGCUUUCGACAGAGACUUCUGAUUCAUACAAACAAGACUCUUGCUCUCAAGAAACUUCUCAGAGCUUGCCAGAGCCAACCAAUCAGAAAUCAAACAUAUUUAAAAGCGGUGACUGGAACGAUAUCACGAGAAAUACCGUCAAAAAUUCAGUAACAGCUGGGGACUUUAUAAAUGCUGAGCAAUCCAAUAAAAAUGGAGGACACACGAGGUCAUUUGGAAAGUCGGUGAAGAAAUCACUUGCAGAUCUUCCAGAUUACGUGAAAACACAUAUAGAAAAAAGUGGUCACAUGGUAACUGGAACAAGGACAUCACUUUAUAAAAAAGAUUUCUUAACAGAAAAAGAUGAGUCCAUCAAACAAAGAUAUGUUGCAGAUGCCCCACCAUCUUCAAUAGUUUUUCCACGUGAUGGCAGCUCUGUGAAGUUUUCAACAAAUAAAUCUGAUUUUCUGUCUUUCAGUAAGGAAAUUGAGAAAAUGGACCGAUCAAUUGAUUUAACCAGAAAUAAGAUGCGAAAUGCUGAAAAUCAUCUGAAGCCCACCAUAGUUUCAAACAAAAGAUCGGGCUCAAGCUCACUCACAACAAUCACAAGGAACAGCUACCUAAAGCCAAUUGAAGAUUCACUUACUACAAAACACGAAACGGCACCACUUUCCAAAUACCGAUACUUAGACAGUGAUGCUGCUCUUCUCAAGCCUCGCUAUUCUCCCCUAAUUUCAGAAGCAAAGUCACAGCACACCGCUAAACCAGUUUCCAGAUGUCUACGGUCGUCUGUAACUGAUGCAGAGAAGCAACUUCUUGAAGACAAAGCAACCCAUUUUGCUCUUGGCACAGACCUACUGAGAUACAAAACGGAACAUACCUCUCAGUUCAACCAACCUUUAGGCCUAGAUACAAAAUAUCCUGCUGCUGGGUUACGGAGUUCAGGUUCUGCAAAGUAUAAGAAAUUUCAAUCAAAGAAUGUUAAAGAAGAUCAUCUCGAAAAUCUUGGCCAUUCUAGUGACGUCAGAGUGAACACAGUGAUGCAAGAGGAUUAUAAGCCAAUAGAAAUUCGAGGGUUCACAGAUUACCAACAGCGGCUGAUUAGCAAUUUAGAAAAAUAUCCACCUCGAAUCGCGAGAAGUCACUUAUUCCAUUUAGACAACUCUACUAAAGGCCCGCUAAUGUCAAGAACGAAGACGGACUUCAUUGAUCCAGCAGGAAAUCAUAAAUAUUAGCAUAUACUGUUUUUUAUUUCUUUAACAUAGAUUAGAGAAAACUUUGUCUAUUUGUAUAAUAAAUUUACUACAUACUGACUAUGGAAAGUCUUGGAGCGUUUAGAGCUACCCUUGUAAAUAUUUUCUCAAAAAUAGAUGUUUCUAAAUCUAGCCACGAGGCACGUUUGUUGUCAUUCUUGAACUCUGAUUUGUCAAUGUGGUUCAGAGAAUUUGAGUAUAAUCAGAAGACUUGGAAUCUUUUAACCAAUCAGAGAUUUGGAACCCAUGUUUUGCGCAAAGCAAGCUAUUCUUUCUGAGCAUUAGAAGGUGGUUCAGUUUAGGCAGAUAUCGUCGAAGUGAAAAAUGAAGAUUAGAAUUAAGUUUCCACUGAGAAACUUCGUGAUUAAACACAGGUUCGGACUUUUAAAUUUAAGAUUAAGAUUCAUUGAUCGGACUUUUAAGAUCCUAAUAACUUUCAUGCAUAUGAUCUCUAGAAAAAACAAGCGUUUAUCAAAAACUGUUUGAUCUACUGCUCUUACAUUUUAAAGAACUCCCUGAAGCUGUCCAACAUGCAGCAUUGGAUUCUCGUGGGGCGUUCUUUCCAACAAUCCACGUGUUUCAGCGCUUGUAAAAUAUGAACUGCACCUGGUUACUUCUUACGACCACCUUCAAACCAUGUCUUCGUUACUCAAUAUAUUAUUGCUGGAUUAAGACCUCGGAAGUAGACACAGUUUGUCAAAACAUGCAAGGUUAUAAUCAUAAAAGAUGUUCAUAGACACAAUCAGGUACGUUGCUUUUGUAAAUGGUUUAAACUGCUGGUAGGCAAGUGUCUUGUGUUAAUAAAAGAACGGUGGAAAAAUGUUCGGCCUAAUUGGCCAGUUCAUAGAAUUCUUUCAA